AUGGUUAGCCUAACCGAGAAAAGGCCAAGAAGAGCCCCAAAUAAAGAAGACGACCCGUACUUGGAAAACCUGGAUAGAAAAAAAGUCAAGCUCAGCUAUCAACCAGGAUAUGAAUCAGAUUCCCUUGAUGAAGAGGAAGGGGAUGAUGACAUUAAGCUUAUGAAUGAAGAUGCAUUGGAGCUGAUAGGAAAGACAGAUGAGGAUGGAGAGAUCAACGUGGUCAGAGACACAGAAAUACAAAAUACACAUAGUUUAAAUGAAGAUAAUGAAGUUCAGCUCACGUCUUUUGAUCUGGACGACGAAUUGAAGGAGGGAGUGUUCGACCAGAAUGGUAAUUUUAUUGCUAACAAACCUGACUCGGAAAGUAGCAACGAAGAAGAGGUAACUUACGACGACAAAGUCAUUGAGAAGGCUAGAACGCAGCAGCAGAGGCGGCUUUUGAAGAAGAAAUUAGCUGUUGAAAGGAGACGGCAGGAGAGGAAAGAAAUUGAUUUGAAGAAAGUGUUGAAUGAUCUGGUACAAUUUUUAGAAAUUUCCGAAACCCCCAUGGAAGCUCUGCAAAGACUCAGUAAAUCCAAGAACAAAGAAGCUAUUACACAGACGGUUGAUCUCUGCAGUUUGCUAGGGAAAAAGGGAUAUGACGGAUACAAUAUGAGUCGGGAAGAAUUAAUGAGACUAUAUGCUCAGCUCACUGGACAGGAAUUAAGAGUAAAGCGUACUUUGGAAGAUGCUGAUAAUGAAACAAAUGACGAUGGAUAUGAAUUUCAGUAUGUAGGAUACGAUGAAAUUUAUGGUCCGUACUCAAGGGAGGAAAUUCUGGACUGGAAGGAGUCUUAUUUCAAAGAUAAAGAAGUUCUAAUAAGAAAAAUUGGUGAGGAAUUUCAGAGUAUACAAGAACUGAAGUAG